GUGGGAGGAGAGCCAGGUGGGAGGGUGGCGGCUCACUCAGGACCCGGUGGGGGCAGCGCGAUGAGGCGGGUGACCCUGUUCCUUAACGGCAGCCCUAAGAAUGGAAAGGUGGUUGCUGUAUAUGGAACUUUAUCUGAUUUGCUUUCGGUAGCCAGCAGUAAACUCGGUAUAAAAGCCACCAGCGUGUACAAUGGGAAAGGUGGACUGAUUGAUGAUAUUGCUUUGAUCAGGGAUGAUGAUGUUUUGUUUGUAUGUGAAGGAGAACCAUUUAUUGAUCCACAGACAGAUUCUAAACCACCUGAAGGGUUAUCAGGAUCUCACACAGACUGGCUGACAUUGAAUGUUGGAGGGAGGUACUUCACGACUACACGGAGCACUUUAGUGAAUAAAGAACCCGACAGUAUGCUGGCCCACAUGUUUAAGGAUAAAGGUGUUUGGGGAAAUAAGCAAGAUCAUAGAGGAGCUUUCCUAAUUGACCGAAGUCCCGAAUACUUUGAACCCAUUUUGAACUACUUACGUCAUGGGCAACUCAUUGUGAAUGACGGCAUUAAUUUAUUGGGAGUAUUAGAAGAAGCCAGAUUUUUUGGUAUUGACUCAUUGAUUGAACAUCUAGAAGUAGCAAUAAAGAAUUCUCAACCACCUGAGGAUCAUUCACCAAUAUCUCGAAAGGAAUUUGUCAGAUUUCUGCUAGCUACUCCAACCAAGUCAGAAUUGCGUUGCCAGGGUUUAAACUUCAGUGGUGCUGAUCUUUCUCGUUUGGACCUCCGAUACAUUAACUUCAAAAUGGCCAAUUUAAGUCGCUGCAAUCUUGCACAUGCUAAUCUCUGCUGUGCAAAUCUUGAACGAGCUGAUCUCUCUGGAUCAGUGCUUGAUUAUGCAAAUCUCCAGGGAGUCAAGAUGGUGUGUUCUAAUGCAGAAGGGGCCUCCCUGAAACUGUGUAAUUUUGAAGAUCCUUCUGGCAUUAAAGCCAAUUUAGAAGGUGCUAAUCUGAAAGGUGUGGAUAUGGAAGGAAGUCAAAUGACAGGAAUUAACCUGAGAGUUGCUACCUUGAAAAAUGCAAAGUUGAAGAACUGUAAUCUUAGAGGAGCUACUCUGGCAGGAACUGAUUUAGAGAACUGUGACCUGUCUGGGUGUGAUCUGCAGGAAGCCAACCUGAGAGGCUCCAACGUGAAAGGAGCGAUCUUCGAGGAGAUGCUGACGCCACUGCAUAUGUCGCAAAGCGUCAGAUGAGAGUGUGAGGGCUGGGGAAAGACACCAGCAUGGAAAAUGCCCUCCUCAUCACUUCCAUUGCUUCUCCCACUCUGUCAUCUAGAAGAAACAAUACUGUAAGGGAAUCCAAAAACCAUUUAGAGGAUUAUAUUGUUCUGAAUGGUGCCUAAGGGGGGAAAGUGACUUUCCUCCCCACAUUAUAAUCCUAACAGCGAAGCACGCAAUAGUUGUAGAGAAGCUAGUUCAUGUGGCUGCCUUGUGAGUGCGAUGGGGGAUUUCCCUGGCUUUGUGACCAGGAGUUCUCUAUAUUAUAAUUGCUUUCAAAUACAGAUGAUGUGGAAGUGUAAUAAUCCUGGUUUGAAAUGCAUUUGAGGAUUUUAAUUUAUGAAAAGCACAAUAUAUGCAUUUCUAUUUAUUGAGUCUCUAAAUGCAGUGUGGGUAUUUAAAUUGUCACACCUUAGGAGAUUUGGAAAAAGUUGUUCAGGUUGAUAAAUAGCUUUAGUGACACCACCUCUCCUGUAAAGGCCUGUCACACCAUGUGACAAUGGUGAGAUCAGACUUUUCUUUUCAGGUUCUUUUUUUAUAAAGGUUAUUUUUUAGAAUAAAGCAGUAGCUAAAUUAAAGAAGUCCUCUGCUUGUACUGAUUGAAACAGUGAACGGAAAUACAUCAUUGUCAGCAGAAAGGGGAGUGGAACUCUCCAUGUGAAGGAAGAGUUUUCCCUUUAGUUGCAUCUUUAAAUCAGCAUUCCUUAGGACUUCUAAGCAGGCUCCACUCAACACCAGUUUAUCUAUUUACUAGCCUUGUUUCCUCCCAUAUUUAAAACAAGUAGAGAAAGAUAUUUCAAAAUCAAAAACCCAGGUGUGUUAUUAAUUUCAUUUAACUCAAAUGCCAAGUCAUUUUUUAAAAGGCCAGCUUAGUGAUAGAUACUAAAUCAUAACCCACUUCAGACUGAUAAAAGUAGGAGUGAAUGUGGCAGGGUAGACUUUUAGAAAUCAUCAUAAUUGCAACUAACAUCAUACAGUGGGAAUGAAGAGAAUUUUUUUCGGCUGACAGUUUGGGCAUAACCACCAAAAAACUCUUCAAAUACAAAAUAAAGACAUUUGGCCUGAGAUGUAGUAACAAACAGUCAACACCUGAGGUUCCUUUAAUAUACUUUUUUUUUAAAGUACAUCGUAGUCUUAUUUUUUUGAGUUAUUAUCUCUCUGCGGUAGCAGAGAUAGGGGUUUGUACUUCCUGACUAGUAACUGGUGUCCUGACGUCUACCCCAAGAGCAGGGAUAUAAGCUGUGUCCAAAUGGGUUCAAUUCUACCGACUCAUCGGUUUGAGGCAAUGAAUCAUUAAAAUCACUCUGUCUCCUUUGGGAGGAUGACAUGUCUUCAGUAUUUAUGUGGCUUUUUCUUCUAUAUAUAUACAUAUGCAAAGCUUUCCUUACAGUAAAGGCUACAUAUGCAUAGUAGGAUGAGAUCAACCUUUACACAUAAAGGAAAGCAACUUCAGAAAAAUAAUUAUUUUCUUUGCUUUAUUAUUUUUAUCAAGACAGAAAGUAUUGUAUUGAGAGAUAUCUAUUUUCAUAAUCAAUAUGUGCCUAAAUUAUAUUUAAAUCAUUUCACUCUGUACUAUAUUUUCAGUAAUUAUAGAAUGCGUUACUCAUCUACUUAAAGAGUACCUCUGAAGACACAACCUAAAACUGCAGGAAGAUCUGAAGGAUCAAAAGGUGGUGUGCUUAGAAACUGCAGAUUUUGGAUCUAAUGUAUGCUAUAUUAAUGAACAACAUGAAAUGUAAUAAAAGCAUUUCUUAUAUUGCUUUAAGUGUUAAUGACCAGCCCUGAAAUUUCUAGGUGGAAAGGAAAUAAAGCAUAUCACAAAUCAUGUAAUUAAAGUGAAUUUAUUC